CCACCAGCAGAAGCUGCUGUCCACUCUGGAGGGACGGAGAGAUGGAGAACAAGUGUCCUGAACAGAGGAGAGAAGAUGCGGAGGCAGGAAGGACUAGUCAAGCUGCCUGCCACACGGGGCAGCAGAGAGCAGCUACUCUCUCCUCCUCCAUCACAGCCCAGCAUCACAGCAAUGUCGUCGCCCCCAGUUUCGUCAACUCCCAGAUCCAGACUGUCAACAUGAGUGUCAACAUCUCCACUGCUGAAAGGAAAGACUCCAGAUGUCAGGCAGCACAGCACAGUGACACCCAGCCAGUUAUUGACAUGCAGCCGUUCAAAGAGAAGAAUAAAGCCAGACUGAGGGAGGAGUUUGCUGAGACCAUGGAGGGAACCGGAGAUGAGAGAACUCUCCUCAACAGCAUCUUCAUACCACUUUACAUGACAACAGGGGAGAGUGAAGGGGUCAAUAAAGAACAUGAGAUCAUGCAGACUGUGUAUCCAUCCAAGGGCAAACCAUCAUCAGAAACGUCAGUCCACUAUAGGGACAUCUUCAAUCCCCGAGAUGAACAACAGAGAAAGAUCUUGACUGUGCUGACGAAGGGCAUCGCUGGCAUUGGAAAAACCAUCUCAGUGCACAUGUUCAUCCUAGACUGGGCAGAAGGGAAAUCCAAUCAGGAUAUAGAUUUCAUCUUUUUUCUUCCAUUCCGAGAGCUGAAUUUGAUCAAGCGUGACUUCAGUCUUCAAGGUCUUCUGAAGGAAUUUCAUCCAGAGCUUGAAGACAUAGAAGAUGUAGAGAAAUUCAACAACCACAAAGUUCUAUUCAUCUUGGAUGGGAUGGAUGAAAGCAGAUGUCCUCUGGAUUUCCAACACAAUGAGAGAGUGUCUGAUGUUACGAAGGAGUGUCCAGUUGAUGUUCUGCUGACCAACAUCAUGAAGAAGAAUCUGCUUCCCUCUGCUCUCCUCUGGAUAACCUCCCGACCUGCAGCAGCCAGUCAGAUCCCCCGCAGAACCGUCAACAUCAACCUGGAGACAGAAGUUCGAGGGUUCCAAGAAGAACAGAGGCUUGAAUAUUUCAGGAAGAGAUUUUCUGAUGAUGAGGACCUGGCCAACAGAAUCAUCGAACACAUCAGGACAACAAGGAGCCUUUACAUCAUGUGUUACAUUCCUAUCAUGUGUUGGAUUAUCGCCAAGGUCCUAGAACACAUGUUGACAGAAAACAACAGUGGAAAUAUCCCCCAAAGUCUGACUGAAAUGUACAUUCACUUCCUGAUUACUCAAACAAAGUGUGGAUUCGAAAAGUAUCAGGGGGUAACUGACAUGGAUGACGAGAAGGUUUUAGAAUUAAGUAAAGACUUGAUUCUGAAACUAGGACAGGUAGCAUUCGAACAGCUGGUGAAGGGGAGUGUAAUAUUUUAUGCGGAAGACCUGAGAAAAUGUGGGAUUGAUGUUGAUGAAGCUGCAGUGAAAUGUGGACUGUGCACAGAAAUCCUGAAGGUAGAACGUGGGCUGUAUAAGAAGAAGAUGUACUGCUUUGUGCACCUGAGCUUUCAGGAGUUCCUCGCUGCUCUCUAUGUGUUCUACUGCUGUGUCACCAAGAACAUCAGUGCGCUGGAGUCCUUCCUGGAGAACGUGUCUGCAGAGCUGCCCCUGCAUGAGUUGCUGAAGAGAGUCGUGGAUAAAGCUCUACAGAGUAAGAAUGGACACCUGGACCUGUUCCUCCGCUUCCUUCUUGGCAUCUCACUGGAGUCCAACCAGACUCUCUUACAAGGCCUUCUGCCCCAGACAGAGAACAUCUCAGAGACUGUUGAAGAGAUGAGGAAAUACCUCAGGAAGCCAGACAUAGAGAAUAUCUCACCAGAGAGGCACGUCAACCUCUUCCUCUGCUUGACUGAGAUGAAAGACAGUUCAGUACAUGAGGACAUUCACCAGUUCCUCAUGUCACCAGAUUGUGAUGCUCUCUCAGAGGAUCACUGCUCAGCGCUGGCUAAUGCACUUCUGAUGUCACAAGGCGAGCUGGAUGAGAUGGACCAGAGGAAAUACAACAUACAUCACCAGGUGAUACACAGACUGGUCCCAGCAUUUAGAAAAUGCAGAAAAGCUGUACUGACUAACAUGGAGCUCAACCAUGAACACUGUGCAUCACUGGCCUCCUCCCUCCAGUCACCAGACUGUUCUCUGACAGAGCUGCACCUGGAGGAGAUGUAUUUUGACCUGAGUGUUUUCUGUGCUGCCCUAAGAGGUCCACACUGUAAACUGGAGAUACUGAGACUGAAUUCGAUGCAUCUCAGACAUGAGGACUGUGCAUCACUGGCCUCCUUCCUCCAGUCACCAGACUGUCCUCUGAGAGAGCUGCACCUGGAGAGGAUUAGAGUGUCUGGUUAUGAUGAUGAUGAUGGUGAUCUGAGUGUUGUCUGUGCUGCCCUGAGAGGUCCACACUGUAAACUGGAAACACUGAGACUGAUUAACACAAGACUCAGCCAUGAGGACUGUGCAUCACUGGCCUCCUCCCUCCAGUCACCAGACUGUCCUCUGACAGAGCUGCACCUGGAGGGGAUAACGCUGUCUGGUUAUGAUGAUGAUGAAGAUGGCGGAGGUGAUGGUGAUGAUGAUGAUGAAGAUGGUGAUCUGAGUGUUGUCAUUGAUGCCCUAAGAGGUCCUCACAGUAAACUGGAGACACUGAGGUUGAACUGGUGUGACCUGAUAGAGGACAGUUAUAGAAAGUUGUCUUCAGCUCUCAGCUCAAACUGUCUGAGAGAGUUGGACCUGAGUCACAACAACCUGCAGGAUUCAGGAGUGAAGCUGCUCUCUGAUGGACUGAAGAGUCCACACUGUAGACUGAAGAUCCUGAGGCUGUCGUUCUGUGGAGUCACAGAGGAAGGCUGUGCUUCUCUGGCUUCAGCUCUCAUCUCAAACUGCCGUCUGAGAGAGUUGGACCUGAGCUUCAAUCACCCAGGAGACACAGUUCUCUCUGGUCCACUCUGUAGACUGGAGAAACUCAAUGUGGACCAUAAUGAAGAGAUCUGGGUGAAACCACAGCUGCUUAAGAAGUAUGCCUGUGAUCUCACACUGGACCCAAACACAGCUCACAUAAUCCUCUCUGUGUCUGAGGACAACAGGAGGGUGGAGUGGGUGAAGAAGGACCAGCCGCAUCAUUGUUACCCAGAACAGUUUGAUGAAGUGGAGCAGGUGCUGUGUAGAGAGGGUCUGACUGGACGCCAUUACUGGGAGGUGGAGUUGGGGGGGGAGGUGAGGUGGCAUCUGGUAGGAGUGACGUAUAGAAGCAUCAGGAGGAGAGGGAGGAGUGCUGCCUGUACACUCGGAGACAACGACAGGUCUUGGUGUCUGGAAUUGUCUGGUUCUGUCUGGCACAAUCAUGAAAAGACUUUAAUACCUAUCAGGUUCCCUCCCUUCCCCAGCAGAGUAGGAGUUUACCUGGACUGGCCAGCUGGUGUUCUGUCUUUCUACAGCAUCUCCUCUGACACAAUGACCCACCUGUACACAUUCAACACCACCUUCUCUGAGCCCCUCUACCCAGCGUUUAGGUUGUACUCAUCCUCCUCAGUGACCCUGCGCCAGGUAGAGUAGUUCCUCCUGGAGGAACACAACACAGGCUUCCAUGGAAACAGCCCCACUCCUGUUGUUCAUGUGUGUGUAUGGGAACAGAACAUCACACACAUCAGAACAAACACAUCAGAACAUCACACACACACACACACAAGAUAGUAUACACACACACACACACACACUGUACACGGCAAGACCAAGCCUACAGACUGUAGUUAAGUCACCUCAUCAUCCGGACCCUCUAGUUGCAUAUUUGUGUGCUGCCUUUCCUUCUUGCUGUGUCUCCACAACUAUGUAUCACAGUUGGUGUUGGGCUGGUCUUAGGACACCAGUAACCAUGACUACAGGUAUGGAGGUUGUCCCAGACCAGUGUAGAUGGUGAUGAUCCCUCUGUAACCAUGACUACAGGUAUGGAGGUUG